ACACACACACGUCAUGUGCAUGCAGCGCUGAGACUUACCGCCCGUCCCACCGGGUCUUCCCGGCCUCUCACUGCCGCUUCCUGUUUCCGGCUGGCCCGGUGCAGCUGUCAUACUCGAGCUGAUGGCUCCAGCCGCUGCUGCCCGGAGGAGAGGGGCUCCGCCCGGGGGGCGCUCCACCCUCAUGGAGAGUCUGCGCCGGGGAUGGGAGAACAAGUUCCAGAUUCUGAUCGACCCCCGGUACACAGCGCUGCUGGGAGUGUGCCUGUGCCUGGCCGAGCUGGGGGUCACACACUGGGUAAUCCAGAGGGUCCCAUACACAGAGAUCGACUGGAAAGCCUACAUGGAUGAGGUGGAAGGGGUGCUGAAUGGGACCUAUGAUUACAUGAAGCUGCAGGGGGACACUGGGCCCCUGGUGUAUCCAGCUGGAUUUGUCUACAUUUUUAGUGCAUUCUACUACUUAACGGAGCAUGGGACCAACAUCAGGCUGGCUCAGUAUGUCUUUGCGGUACUAUAUCUGCUGACACUGUUUCUUGUAUUCCGCAUCUAUAUUCUCACUAAGAAGGUACCACCUUAUGUGUUCUUCUUCAUGUGCUGUGCAUCAUAUCGCGUGCACUCCAUCUUCCUGCUUCGCCUCUUCAAUGAUCCAGUGGCUAUGGUCAUCUUAUUCUUUGCUAUCAACCUAAUAUUAGAGGAUCACUGGAGCUGGGGCUGCUUUUUCUACAGCUUGGCUGUAUCUGUGAAAAUGAACAUUCUGCUAUUAGCUCCUGGACUUCUGUAUCUCCUUCUGUGCCGGUUUGGACUGCUGCGCACCAUGCCAAAACUCUGUAUCUGUGCCCUGCUUCAGAUUGUCCUGGCCCUACCCUUUCUGCUGGAAAAUCCUGCUGGAUACCUCCUGCGAUCCUUUGAUUUUGGAAGACAGUUCCUAUUCCAGUGGACAGUAAAUUGGCGCUUCCUCCCGGAGUAUGUGUUUCAGCACCGGGCUUUCCAUUUAGCGUUACUUUCAGCUCACCUGACUGGACUGCUGCUGUUUUGCUUCUACCGCUGGCACAGGUCCAGGGAAAGAAUUCUUACACUCUUGAAGGAUCCGGCUCAGAGGAAACCCCAGACACCCAGACUUUCAGCAAAUAAGAUUAUUUUUGUCUUAUUUACUAGUAACUUCCUGGGUGUUGCAUUCAGCCGCUCUCUACAUUACCAGUUCUAUGUCUGGUACUUCCACACGCUUCCAUAUCUGUUGUGGUGCACGGAUAGCAGCGUCCUGCCAGGACUUGCCAAAAUUCUUGUCUUGGGUCUCAUUGAGCUGUCGUGGAACACCUUCCCCUCCACUCCUAUGAGCUCAGGUGCCCUCCACUUGUGUCAUGUGGCCAUUCUACUUCACCUAUGGUUUGGUGUUCCACCAGAUGAGAAGUCGCCCAAAGCCAAUGUAGCAACCUCCAGGACUCCUCUUAAGAAAAAGGACUGAUCUCUGUUAGUACAGAAGAAACCUACAAUCUUAUUCACAUCUGGAGAGUCUGUAGGUUGCAGUUUACUCUGACUGAGAUGUGUUAGGUCUUUCUCUGAAAUUGAACAGGGAAUGAGAGACGCGUUGUCUUUAUAUGCUAUUUUUUUUUUUAAACCUAAUAAAUGUAAAAUACCUGGUUGAUUUUAGCUCAAAAGUGUCCUUGUAAGGAAAGAAGAAGACUGGUAACUGCUUUCUGGUAUCAUUCAUCCUGUAUGUCCUCAGUAUAAGGCAGUAGCCAGCUUUGGUCAUUGCCUUUAAGACACCAAGUUGAUCACUUCACACAUCACCUGGCUUAUAACAGAGAAUAUUUAAGUUGAGGUUUUCAUCCCAGUGACGGAGAAGUAAGAAAAGCUGUCGAGCAGCCCCUUUUAAAGCAAGCAACUGUAGACCAUCAGGAAGGGUCUGUGCUCGUAGCCAACCCUCUGCCUUUGCUGCCAGAAGCUCCCAUUCUAUAAAGUAGCCAGCACAACGAUGCUCAAGCCAUGCUAGCGCUACGGCAGUGGCCCAAGAACAUCCUUCAAGAUCUGUAUCCAAUUCAUUGCCAGUCUCUGAAGGACAUGGUGAAGUGUCACAUGGAUCUGUCUCUGAUCCUCGCCCACUGUCUGCUUGAUGGCAAAGAGCUUCAGGACAAGAUGUGGCAUAGACAGGCAGAGGUGAAGUAUCCUUUAUCAUUGGAACCUGUGGUUGAGAUCCUCCUUUGCAAGUUUGUGAUUCUCCGAUGAAGUCCCCAUGCUCUACUGGGCAAGGCUCAGACACUGGACUAAGGCUUCCACGAUGACAGGUGAAUGGGGAAGCGCGGAGUAAACGCUGAAGUGAGAUCUGAACAACACUGGAAAAGCAGCUGUUUAAGUUGAAAAAACCCU